ACGUGGAACUUCGUGUCAGACACGAAAUUUGUAUGUAGCUUACUUACAAUUAUAUAUCUACUAAGUAGAAAGCAUUAUUAUUUGUCGACUGUCGUUUUCAUCUAGUACGCAGAUUUUAAUUGCAAUUAAGUAAAUACAUUUAUUUAAAAGCAGAAAGAUCAAAUUAGAUUAGCAGACAAAUUCCAUUAAAAUUGAUUUUAAAUUAAAAAAUUGAAUAAAAAUGGAUAAAAUCGUUAAAUUUUGUGAACCUGGACGUGCUUUUGCUAAAGAUUCCAUUAGGCUUGUGAAAAGAUGCACAAAACCAGACAGAAAAGAAUUUCAAAAGAUAGCAAUAGCAACAGCAAUUGGAUUUUGUAUAAUGGGUUUCAUUGGAUUUUUCGUAAAACUAAUUCAUAUUCCUAUUAACAAUAUUAUUGUUGGUUCAUAAUUUUAGUAAAAUAAGACUUAAAAAAAUUGGUAGAAAUUUUGUGCUAAGUUCUUAUAUUAACUCUUGCAAUAUUUGUGUUUUCAUCAACAUUAUAAAGCAGAUUUUCUGUUAUCACUAUUAUUUUUUUUAAAUAAAAAUUUAAGAUGUAAA